AUGUCCACCGUCGUAGAGCUCGCAGUCCCCCAGUCCGACAAGAAGAUCAAGGUCAACACGGGCCUUUUCAUUAAUAACGCCUUCGUGCCUUCGCAGGACGAGGCGGAGCCGAUCAAAGUCUUCAACCCCGCUACCGAACAGUUGUUGUGCACGGUCACCGCAGCUUCCGAGAAAGAUGUCGACGCAGCCGUUGCGGCAGCCCGCGCUGCGUUCAAGACGACCUGGGGCAAGAACGUCUCCGGCUUCGAGCGCUCGCGUCUCAUGCACAAGCUUGCCGACCUCGUGGAGCGCGACCAGGAAGAGCUCGCGCAGCUUGAGUGCUUGAACAAUGGCAAGCCCGUCAAGGUGGCCAGGGACUUUGAUAUCGGCGACAGUAUCGGCUGUUUGAGGUACUACGCCGGUUGGGCGGAUAAGAUCCUCGGCCAGACCAUCGAGGUCGACCGCAAGACAAAGGUCGCUAUCACGCAGCCGGAGCCCAUUGGCGUCUGCGGGCAGAUCAUCCCCUGGAACUAUCCGAUCCAGAUGUGGGCCUGGAAGGUCGCCCCUGCGCUUGCCGUCGGCUGCACGAUUGUCAUGAAACCUUCCGAAAUAACGCCUUUGACGGCGCUCAAACUGUCAGAGCUUGUCGUGGAGGCCGGGUUUCCGCCUGGUGUCAUCAACACCAUCCCGUCGCUAGGUUCCGUAGGUGGCGCCGCAUUGGCAGCACACAAAGACGUUGACAAGGUGGCCUUCACCGGAUCCACUAUCACAGGCCGCAGGAUUAUGGAGGCCGCCGCGAAGAGCAAUCUCAAGAAGGCAGCCAACUGGGCGGCGAUGGGCAUCCUGUACAACACUGGACAAGACUGCACAGCUGGGUCGCGCGUUUACGUUCAAAACAGUAUCUAUAACGAGUUCGCGGCCAUCUUGAAGCGCAAGGCGGCAGAACUCGUGAUCGGAGAUGGCUUCGACGAGAAAAGCGGCGGCGGACCGGUCGUAAGCAAGGCACAGUACGACCGCGUGUGGGGCUAUAUUGAGUCAGGGAAGCGUGAGGGCGCAAAGAUUCUCCUUGGUGGUGAGAAGCGAGAGGGAAAGGGAUUCUGGGUGGACGCCACAAUCUUCACGGAUAUCACUCCAAGUAUGAGGAUAGUUGAGGAAGAGAUCUUCGGUCCUGUUCUCGCUCUCGGCCGCUUCGAGACGGAAGAAGAGGCCAUCGAGCUCGCCAAUGCGACGACGUACGGGCUUGCUGCGGGCUUACACAGUAACGAUCAAGCACAAUGCCAUCGUGUAUCGAAUGCGUUGGAAGCAGGCACUGUCUGGAUCAACCAGUACAACAUUCUUCACAACCAUGUGCCAUUCGGCGGCAAGAAGCAGAGCGGCAUUGGACGCGAACUGGGGAGUCACGCCCUCGACGAAUACAUCUCAACCAAAGCUGUUCACUGGAAUUAUGGUGAGAAACUCGACUGGCCGCUAUAG